AUGACCACCAAGAAGACCGUUCUCAUCACCGGAAGUACGCGUGGCAUUGGCCUUGCACUUGCAACCCACUACACCAAGGCAGGCUGGAAUAUCAUCGGUACUGCUCGUGCCAACAGCAACACUGACAAGCUCGCUGCGCUUUCACCCUUCAAGAUCGUUACCAUUGACACAGCCGACGAGGCGUCUGUAGCGGAGGCAGCUCGUGAGCUCGACGGUAUCGCUAUCGACCUGCUCAUCAACAACGCCGGCACAGGCUGGCUCACCGAGAUUGUCGAACCUACGAAAGACAUGUUUGUCAAGGUGUUCGAGGUGAACGUCGUGGGUCCGUUCCUCGUCACACGUGCGCUGCAGCCCAAUCUGCAGCUCGCAGCGAAGAACCACGGCGCCGCCUCUGUCGUGCAAAUUUCGUCUCUACUUGGUAGCAUCAACAGUAACACUGAUGGUGUGUUUGCCAGCACCUUCAAGGGGCAAUACAGCUACAGCACGUCCAAGGCUGCGCUUAAUAUGAUGACGCGCUCGCUGGCCAUGGACCUGCGCGAAAGCAACAUUGCUGUCGUCGCUCUUCACCCCGGAUAUGUGGAUACCGAGCUUACGGGGAACCUUGGAGCACUCAAACCUGCGGACGUUGCGGCGUCCAUUGCCAAUGUUGUUGGCAACUUGUCCAUCAAGGACACGGGCAAGUUUUUGAACGCAGACCCCACAUACCCCGACUCGGAGCUUCCAUGGUAAGUGGCAGGAGGUCGAAGGUGCAGAAAGAUAAACUGCAACAUGAAUUCAUCUG